AUGCGAGAUAUUUUUGGUUUUCAGGCUGAUCGUGAUAAAAUUAUAAAGCAUUAUCAGAAGACAAACUGGAUUUACUGCUCCACUCUAAUACUGGAUCCCAGACAUAAAGCAGAAACUUUCGAUUUAACUGUUUGGGGAGCUGAGUUAAAAGUACAAACUUUAAAGACGUUUGAGUCAAUAUUAGAUGUUUACUGUAGCCAGGAGAUAGUGAUAGAAUCGUUAACAAAAGAGAAAAUCGACUUCAAAUUAAGUGACGAUAACGAUAUUAUAGAUUUCAACAAGCUCUAUUCUGCACCAGGUACUUCAUCCGUCUCUGGUAUAUCUGGAUCUGGCUACCAAAACCAAAGAAAAGAAGUAGACGAUUAUCUUAGUCAGCCUAGAGUAGUAAGCAACAAAAAUAUUUUAGAAUGGUGA